AUGCGUCGGUACUACUGUACCUUCCCUGUGUCCCCAAGGUUCUCAGGGAGGUACAAUGUGCGACAACGGUGUCGCAAGCGACAUGAUUUGACCUUCUCUUUCCAGGGCGUUGGCCAACGAGCUCCUGGACCUCCACCACCCUCCCUGAGCCCAGUCCCCCAUUUACGUUCAGCAGGAGUUCAGCACAUUAACGUGCGGUACUACGUUACUGGUGAUUUGACUCCGUCUCUCUACCGGCCUGACUGCCUCUUCACCGAUCCUACCACCAGAGUUGAAAGCGUCGAGAGAUACACGGCGGCGGUCAAGCUUCUGUUCGACCCUGACAACGCCCAGGUCGAUCUACUCUCCUUGGCAGUAAAGGAUGACAACCAUAUUUUCGCGGAGUGGCAACUUCAAGGUUACCUGAAGUUCCCCUGGCACCCAUACGUGAAGCCGUACACCGGAACGACUCUGUACACGCUCGAUUCUGACGGUUUGAUAUCUCGUCAUGAGGAGACGUGGUCUAUCUCAGCGCUGGAAGCAGCUCGGGCAACGAUAACCCCGACAGCGGGGCCACAGCCAACGAUGGAAUCAUCAUAGACAUCAAAAAUUGCGCGGAAAUUGGCCAUCUUCCAUGAAGAGCCUCAACAACCACGUAGCCACGGAGUGGAGAAGCCGGAGACGGGGGAAUGAAGCGACGGCUCCGUUCCGUCGUUUCGUUCCCGCCCAUCUCAAGGUUCAUUCUGCACAAGAGCUGGAUCAGGCGAUGGGGUGUCGUAACUUGAGCCGGGAGGACAUCUCAUAUUUUCGAUGAUUUUGCAUUAUAACGACGGUUGCCUGGUCGACCUGCUUUCGUAUCGGUCCAACACUCAACGGGACGGUGUCUCCUUGUAGAUGCUGCUCAGUGGGUGUACGCUCUCGUUCUCGCGCAAGCUAACCCAGAUUACGCCAAUACAUUAAGCUUUUUCAAUGCGAUGCGGACUGUUUCUUGGCUAGCGCCCCGCGACCGGGUUGGUCAUGUUUGGGUUUGGAAGGACAUGCAAGGUAUUUUUCGCU